GAAUUCUUGUUACUUCCAUUCAAGGGCCUACAAGGACCUAACGAGGUCCUUGGGAUCCCCCUGAGACCCACUUGACCAUGACCCGGGAUGAGGCCCUCCCUGACUCCCAUUCUGCACAGAGUUUCUAUGAGAACUACGAGCCCAAGGAAAUCCUGGGCAGGGGAGUGAGCAGCGUGGUCAGGCGCUGCAUCCACAAACCUACGUGCCAGGAGUAUGCAGUAAAAAUCAUCGACAUCACCGGCGGAGGAAGCUUUAGCUCUGAGGAGGUACAGGAGCUUCGGGAAGCCACCCUGAAGGAGGUGGACAUCCUGCAGAAGGUCUCAGGAUACCCCAACAUCAUACAGCUGAAGGACACUUACGAGACCAACACUUUCUUCUUCUUGGUAUUUGAUCUGAUGAAGAGAGGGGAACUCUUUGACUAUCUGACUGAGAAGGUCACCUUAACCGAGAAGGAAACCAGAAAGAUCAUGCGGGCCCUGCUGGAGGUGAUCUGUACCUUGCACAAACUCAACAUUGUCCAUCGGGACCUGAAGCCGGAGAACAUCCUUUUGGAUGACAACAUGAACAUCAAGCUCACAGACUUCGGCUUUUCCUGCCAGCUGCAGCCAGGAGAGAAGCUCCGAGAGGUUUGUGGGACUCCUAGUUAUCUGGCCCCUGAAAUCAUCCAGUGCUCCAUGGACGAAGGCCAUCCUGGCUAUGGGAAGGAGGUGGACAUGUGGAGCACGGGAGUCAUCAUGUACACACUGCUGGCUGGCUCCCCACCCUUCUGGCACCGGAAGCAAAUGCUGAUGUUAAGAAUGAUCAUGGAUGGCAAAUACCAGUUUGGCUCACCAGAGUGGGAUGACUACUCAGACACAGUGAAAGACUUGGUGUCUCGCUUCUUGGUGGUGAAACCCCAGGACCGCUGCUCGGCGGAAGAGGCCUUGGCACACCCUUUCUUCCAGGAGUAUGUAGUAGAGGAAGUGCGGCACUUCAGUCCCCGAGGGAAGUUCAAGGUGAUCUGUCUAACUGUGCUGGCCUCGGUAAGGAUCUACUACCAGUACCGUCGGGUGAAGCCGGUAACCAGGGAGAUCGUCAUCCGAGAUCCCUACGCUCUACGGCCACUACGGAGGCUCAUCGAUGCCUACGCUUUCCGCAUCUAUGGCCACUGGGUGAAGAAAGGGCAACAGCAGAACAGAGCUGCCCUCUUCGAGCACACGCCCAAGGCAGUGCUCCUCUCCUUGGCUGAGGAGGAGGAGGACUUCUGAGGGGCGGAGGGGCACAGGGGAAAGCAAACCGAGAGGGUAUUCCCCCCGGAACUGUGAGAAGAGGAUGCGCCAAGUAGGCUUCUGCAAAGGAGCAGGUGGCCCUACUCUGCGCUCUCAAAGGCUUGCCGCUAGAUGCG